AUGUUAUCGUAUCGUCUGGUAAUACAUUAUACACAUUCUACUGGUAUUGCUGGACUUGCGGAUGUCCACUUGCAAAUUUGUGUUAUUAAAUCAGUAGCAUUUAUGACAAGAACACAUAUCAUGGUACAGAAUACGAACAAAUUAAUUGGUUAUAUACCUGAUCUAAUUGAAAUUUUACAAAAUAAGAUGGGAUUUAUUUCUCGCAUUACAUUAGCAUCAUCGAAUCAAACUUAUAAAGGAUUAAUUCAAGCUGGAGAAAAUGGUUUUUGUGAUUUGGUAAUUGAUGAUGUUACGAUUACAGUUAGAAGAAGAGUAAUAGUUGAUUUUUCUAGUACAAUAUUUGAUAAUUCUCUACGCAUUGUUAUUCGACACACAACUUCUAACGAUGUGAAUCUUUUUUCAUAUCUAAGACCAUUUUCAUCUAGUUUAUGA